AUGCUAUCGGAUCUGAUCGAAGCGAACGAGAUCUCGAAAUCGAUCGAUCACAACUCGUUCAGGAAGAUUCUGGAAGCCAAUUACCGGCCUCAGCUGCUGAUGGUGGUCGCGAUCCCGUUCUUCCAGCAGGUCACCGGAAUCAACGUCAUCGCCUUCUACGCUCCCCUGCUCUUCCGAACAAUCGGAAUGGGAGAGAGCGCUUCUCUGAUGUCGGCCAUCCUAACCGGCGUCGUCGGGAUCGGGACGGCGUUCCUAUCGAUGGUGAUCGUCGAUAGAGUCGGGAGGAUGCCUCUGUUUAUGUUCGGCGGGGUGUUGAUGUUCGUCUCGCAGGUGCUUGUGGGAGCGAUUAUAGCGGCGGAGCUGGUGGACCACGGCGGGAUCGGGAAGGGGUACGCGGUGGCGGUGAUAAUUCUGAUCAGUUUUUACGUCGCCGGGUUUGGAGUGUCGCGGGGGCCGUUGGGGUGGUUGGUGCCCAGCGAGAUUUUCCCACUAGAGAUUCCGUCGGCGGGGCAGAGCAUUGUAGUAGCGGUGAGCUUCUUGUUUACGUUCGUGGUGGCGCAGACAUUUUUGUCGAUGCUAUGCCACUUCAAUCAUUUAACUAAUUCUGAUGGUUUUUUAAUGAAUGUAAUAAUGAGGUGGAAAAUAUAA